AUCAGAAAUAGCGUACCUUGUUGCCCAGUGAUGAAGAAAAUCCAUUUUGCUACACAGUUUGUAAGUUAAAUUAACGUUAUCAGUUAUCAGUUAUUUCUGAGGCCUGCUUGUAUAAAUUAUCGACUGUGAAUUACGUGAACAAUUAAAGAGCUUGACCGACAAUAAAAGUAUGCUUUGGACGUGAAAAUACUAUGGCUGUGACUGCUGAACAAAUAUAGUCUAAUUGACAGUUGAGUGUUGUUACACUGCACGAAUACGCGAAUGGCAGCUCAUCGCUCACACUGCACUACCACUACGUCGAUCGGAGGCCGCGGCCGAGGAGCUAGCUAGAGCUACAUCAUAGGAGGGAGACUCCGCCGAACUUGCACGUCCUUCGCUGCGCGCUGACCCGGCCCGAACAAGACUGCCUGUAAGUCAAAACUCCACCUCCAGUCAAAACUCUUCUUCAGAGUAUUUAGCAGGAAAAGAAUCCAAGAAAGUCUUAAUCUUAUCUCUAGAUGGCUGGAUUCGGCAUCAAGUAGGCCUACUGUCGCUAAAUAUAACUCAGUAAUUUCAAGAGGAAGAGAAGUUAUUUUGAGAUUACGAUGAACAGCUACAUGUAUGUCUAUGAUGAGUAUGACUGAGUCAGUUGGGCGGACUCGGUCCGUAUGAAGUAUGAUGCUUUGCCUUUGGCAUUUGACUCUGUUGAAUUUAAAUGUUCACUGAAUAACAAACGGCUUAAUGUUAGAUCCUGUUACUUGGUGCUACAGUCUCAGUUUUACUUUUGGAUGAUAUUAUAGUGGACUGCAUUUUGGUGGGCUAAUAAGUAAUAUUGCUUGAAGCUAAUGUUAGCCAUUGGAGUCAUUUAGUUCAAUUAAGGAAUGCUGGAUAAACCACUAACGUCCUAACAUUAGACAGAUACAACAAGAUCUAGUCUACCGCAUUUACAUCUUGCCAGAGUCUGAACUUCUGCAGUGCAUUCAAACAAUGGCUGACGAACUUGAAUAUCAUGUUACUUUCCCUACUAAGUUUUCAACCUGUACAAGGGCUCAGAGACGAAGUGCAGGAGCUGAAGCUGCAGCCGCUACAGGAGAUGUGGAAUCGAUUGAAAGAAGUAGUCCAGACAAAGAACCAGUCAUCUUCCUCCUAGGAUGGUGUGGUGCCGAUGAUAAAGACCUUGCCAAAUACAGCGCAAUUUACCAGUCAGAGGGCUUUGUCACCAUCCGGUACGUUCUUCCUGGGGAAUACUUGUUUGAGGGAAAGCUUGGAGGAGUGAAUUUCAUUGCUGUUAAGGUCCUGGAAGCGUUCUUCGAUUUGGGCCUGGAGGAAAAUCCAAUCUUCUUCCACUUGUUCAGCAACGGUGGGGGAUACAUCUACCGCGCGAUUUCAGAGCUGCUGAAUGGGCGUGAUCCCGGAGUGUUUGCGGCUCUGAAGAUUUGUGGCGUGAUCUGGGACAGCGCUCCCUGCCGGCCCACCUUCUGGUCAGAAUUGCAGGCCUAUUGUCUCUUCUCGUCUGACAGGCAAUCUCAGCCCUGGUAUAUGUCCUACCUCAAGAUUGCACCGUCUUGGCUGUGGCUCAUGUUCAAGCAUACUGUCUUUCCAAACUUCUGGGAAGCCACCAGCCUCAUGAAUUCCUACAUACCAGCCAUCGCCAAUGACAAGAUGCCCUGCCCACAGCUCUUCAUCUACUCUAAAGCGGAUUGCAUCACAUGGUACAAGGACAUUCAGGACAUCAUCACAAAGCGGAGGAAGCAAGGCUGUGACAUCACUGAGGCAUUUUGGGAGGACACUGAUCAUUUAGAGCAUCUUGCUAAACACCAUGAUGAAUAUGUAGAUGCGUGUUUGGAUCUUGUUUUAAGGGGUAUUGAUUGUUUUGAAAGUGAUGUCUAAAAUUUGGGGUUUUAAUGGCUUUGUUUUCCCUUUGUGUGCUCUUACAUUUUUGCUUACAUGUUGUACAUCAAUCUAUACCGGUACAUGUACAUACAUGCCAACUUUUCAGAUUAAAGAGGAACAUUCCUCUUUUGGGGAGAAGAUAAUUAUCAUUUUAAUGCAGGUGUUCC